GACAAGCUCACACACAGCUAGACAAUGCUAAGACUAAACCCGUGGCGUUUGCCGUGCGGACCAAUGUCAGCUACUCUCCUGUACCAGAGGACGAGGUCCCUGUGCCCGGAAUGGCUGUUGCAUUUGAAGCUAAAGACUUUCUCCACGUCAAAGAGAAGUUUAACAACGACUGGUGGAUCGGGCGUCUGGUGAAGGAGAGCAGUGAGGUGGGCUUCAUCCCGAGUCCCAUCAAGCUGGAGAGCAGCCGCCUGCAGGAGCACCGCACCAAGCACAGCAAGUUCAGUAAGUCGAUGGCCAACUCUUCCUCCAGUUUAGGGGACAUCAUACCAAGCUCCAGAAAAUCAACCCCUCCCUCCUCUGCCCUGGACAUUGACAUCACAGAGUUAGAAUUUGAGGAGAUUGAUGCCCCUCCCCCUCAGCGUUCCCCGAAGACCAAUCAGAACUCAGCUCCACCCACUCAGAGGACCAAUCAUAACUCAGCCCCGCCCCCUUUAGCCAGAGAGAAACGAAUGCCCUUCUUUAAGAAGUCAGAGCACAUUCCUCCUUAUGAUGUUGUUCCUUCCAUGAGGCCAGUGGUGCUGGUGGGGCCGUCACUCAAAGGUUAUGAGGUUACUGAUAUGAUGCAGAAAGCACUUUUUGAUUUUUUAAAACACAGAUUUGAAGGACGAAUCUCCAUCACUCGUGUAACUGCAGAUAUUUCUCUUGCGAAGCGUUCUGUUCUGAACAACCCCAGCAAACAGGCCAUCAUAGAGCGCUCCAACGCACGCUCAAACCUGGCUGAGGUACAGAGCGAGAUUGAGCGCAUCUUUGAGCUGGCCAGGACGCUGCAGCUGGGGGUACUGGAUGCUGAUACGAUCAACCACCCGACUCAGCUGAGCAAGACCUCCCUGGCCCCCAUUAUAGUCUACGUCAAGAUAUCCUCUCCCAAGGUUCUUCAGAGACUGAUUAAAUCCAGAGGGAAGUCCCAAGCCAAACAUCUCAAUGUUCAAAUGGUCGCAGCUGACAAACUUGCUCAAUGCCCUACAGAGAUGUUUGACAUCAUUCUGGACGAGAAUCAGCUGGAGGAUGCGUGUGAGCACAUGGCCGAUUAUCUUGAAGCGUAUUGGAAGUCCACGCACCCAUCCAACGAGGCCACCACCAACCAACUGACUGAGACGCAGGACUCCACCAAUGUCCUUCCGGUGGCUGGAAGAGAGGAGAACAGCAGGAGUCCAGAGGGUCGUAAGGAUCAUCAUCAUCAUCACCAUCACCAUCAUCGUCAUCGGCAACAACAGGAGCAACAAAAGCAGCAUCAAGAGGAGCUGCCAGUUCAGAGCACACACACUCGCAGCACACACACACACCACCAGUCAUCUUCUGCACGGACUGACCACCACCACCACCACCACAGCAGAGCAUGGGGCCAGGGGCGGCUAUCCCGGCAGGACACACUGGAGAGCCAGGACUCACACACACACUCCAUCACACACACGCGGCCUGGGCCUUCUGACUCAGACACACACACGCGGCCUGGGCCUUCUGACUCAGACACACACUCCAUCACACACACGCGGCCUGGGCCUUCUGACUCAGACACACACUCCAUCACACACACGCGGCCUGGGCCUUCCGAGGAGCAGGAUGGGGAAGGGCAGCACCAGCAGAGUGGCCAUGACUACCACCACCACCACCAUCACCAUGGAAACGAUGAGCACAAGCCACACCCCUCACAGAUCGGACACGCCCACGAGGAGUGUCUUCAGAGAGACUCAGAUUACUGA